AUGAACAUCCUAUUCUUUAUCUUACCUCAGGUAUUCGGAGGAUGCUGCUCCAACGUCUUCGUUCUUGAAAAUAUUCUUGCCAACAACACCCUGAACCAAUCAUUGGGGACAAUCAUCACAUUCAGUCAGUUCCUAUGUGUUCUGAUUUUUGGUUACUAUGCCAAUAUAGACGUUAAGAACUCUCACUGGUACUUCUUGUACCUAAAGAAACCAGCUAUUCCACUUCACAAAUGGUUCUUCACUGUAGUACUAUUUUUCUUCACUUCAGUGCUUAACAAUCUUGUGUGGAAAUUCAACAUCACCGUGCCCUUUCACAUCAUCUUCAGAUCAAGCGGAACUGUAGUAACUAUGAUAGUGGGCUAUUUGUACGGAAACAGGAGAUAUACCCGAAGCCAAGUUCUCGCUUGUAUAAUUAUAACACUAGGAACAUUAAUGGCUACUUUGCCAAAUACUGGCAAAAACGAUAGCCCAACCAUUGUUGUUUCUUCUAGUUCAGACGGAGGUUUCACUACUGGGAUCACAUUGCUUACUGUCGGCGCUGUACUUGCUUCUUUCAUGGGGCUCUAUAACGAGCAGCUCUAUGUUCAGUAUGGAAACCACUGGCAAGAAGGUUUAUUUUACUCUCACUUCUUGGGGUUACCAUUAUUUGUAUUUGUGGCUUCUACUAUAAAGUCAGAGUAUCUCGCUGUAUGGAACGACAGAAGUACUAUCAGUAUUGGUGGUCAUUUUACUGUUCCCAGCCAAUUGGCUAGUUUAGUCAUAAAUGUGCUAACUCAGUUUGUCUGUAUUAGAGGAGUGAACAUGCUAGCAGGAAGAACCACAGCUUUAACAGUUACGGUAGUUCUUCUAGUUCGCAAAUUUGUAAGUCUCUUUAUCAGCAUCUUAUGGUUCAAGAAUGAACUCACUAAAGAGGGAAUGGUUGGAGCAGUGGCAGUUUUUGGUGGAGCAGCCUUCUAUAGUAUCAGCUCCAACUCCCUUAAGAAGAAAAAAGUGAAAAUACAGUAA